AUGGCUGCUCCUAACGUUCUCAACGCCGUCUCCAGAUACGCUAUUCCCCUCUUUGUCGCCUUCUCAUUCGGACAAGCCGCCAUCUAUGAUGUUAAGGGUGGUUCGCGAGCUGUCAUCUUCGACCGUCUAUCUGGUGUCCAAGAAAAAGUUGUCAACGAGGGAACACACUUCUUGAUUCCGUGGUUGCAGAAAGCCAUUGUUUAUGAUGUGCGAACCAAGCCGAGAAACAUCAGUACCACAACCGGAAGUAAAGAUUUGCAGAUGGUCAGUUUAACCUUGAGGGUGCUGCAUAGGCCCGAGGUCACCAAGCUCCCCAAGAUUUAUCAGUCCUUGGGUCAAGACUACGAUGAAAGAGUCUUACCAUCUAUCGGCAACGAAGUUCUGAAAUCCAUCGUCGCCCAAUUCGAUGCCGCCGAAUUGAUUACCCAGAGAGAGGCCGUCUCGCAACGAAUUCGAACCGAUUUGUUGAAAAGAGCACAAGAGUUCAACAUCGCUCUAGAAGAUGUCUCCAUUACCCACAUGACCUUUGGACGAGAGUUCACCCGAGCCGUUGAGCAGAAGCAAAUCGCACAGCAAGAUGCGGAAAGAGCACGAUUCAUCGUUGAAAAGGCCGAGCAAGAAAGACAGGCCAACGUCAUCCGAGCUGAAGGUGAAGCCGAGUCAGCCGACAUCAUCAGCAAGGCCGUCGCCAAAAAUGGUGAUGGUCUCAUCCAGAUCCGAAGAAUUGAAGCCAGUAAAGACAUCGCCCAGACAUUGGCUGGCAACCCCAAUGUCACGUACUUGCCCGGUGGUGGAGACGGAGAGGGUGGCAAGGGAAAGAGCACGUCACUUUUACUAGGCCUCAAGGGAUAA